AAUGGGUUUGUUUGCAAGAACCCGAUGGAGGUCAAUGCGGACGACUUCUUCAAGGCGGCCAACCUCGACAAGCCUAGGGUACCCAACAAGGUUGGAUCCAACGUCACUUUGAUCAACGUCAUGCAAAUUGCUGGACUCAACACCCUCGGCAUCUCAAUUGCACGCAUCGACUAUGCUCCCUUGGGUCAAAACCCACCACACACGCACCCUCGCGCUACUGAGAUCCUCACGGUGCUCGAGGGGACACUGUAUAUUGGCUUUGUCACAUCCAACCAGCCCGCCCCCAACAGAAACAAGUUCCUCUCCAAGGUGCUCAACAAAGGUGAUGUGUUUGUCUUCCCCGUGGGGCUCAUCCACUUCCAAUUCAACCCCAACCCCCACCAGCCCGCUGUUGCAAUUGCCGCGCUCAGCAGCCAGAACCCAGGGGCUAUCACAAUUGCCAAUGCAGUGUUUGGGUCAGACCCAGCAAUAUCAGAUGAUGUUCUUGCCAAGGCAUUUCAGGUGGAAAAGAAUACAAUAGACUAUCUCCAGGCUCAGUUCUGGGAGAACAACCACUACUAAGUCAGACCUUUGUUAAUUACCCGGAAGACCAGUGCACAAGUGAAGGACAUGGUUGAGU